AAUCCCUUCUCAUCUCUGCAAGAGACGUCAGUCGUCACUUCAAUUUAUCUAUCAAUAAACCAAAAAGGAGCACAAAAAAAAUAAAGGGAAAGAAAAAGAGGACCACCCUUUGUUUUUCGAUAUGAUGCAGGAUAUGUGGAACGCACCACCUGGUUUUAGACCAACAAAAUCUGCUCCAACUUCACCAGCAAAACCACUUGGUGUUUCAAGAACUCGAUCUGAGUCAUUUCAAGCUAUCCACAAAGUCCCUGUUGGUGACUCUCCUUAUGUUAGAGCCAAGAAUGUUCAGUUGGUUGAUAAAGAUCCAGAAAAGGCAGUACCUUUGUUUUGGGCAGCAAUAAAUGCUGGGGAUAGAGUGGAUAGUGCAUUGAAAGAUAUGGCUAUCGUUAUGAAGCAACAAAAUAGGGCCGAGGAAGCCAUUGAGGCUAUCAAAUCAUUGCGACAUCGAUGUUCUGAUCAAGCCCAAGAGUCUCUUGAUAAUAUUCUUUUAGAUCUUUACAAGAGAUGUGGAAGAUUGGAUGACCAAAUAGCAUUGCUGAAGCACAAGCUGUUCUUAAUUCAACAAGGGCUUGCUUUCAAUGGAAAACGAACAAAGACUGCAAGGUCUCAAGGGAAGAAAUUUCAGGUUUCUGUGGAACAAGAAGCAACCAGAUUACUGGGGAACUUGGGAUGGGCAUUGAUGCAACAAAACAACUACAUUGAAGCAGAAGAUGCCUAUAGAAGGGCACUUGCUACAGCACCGGACAACAACAAGAUGUGCAAUCUUGGGAUUUGUUUGAUGAAGCAGGGGAGAAUUGGUGAGGCUAAAGAGACAUUGCGGCGAGUGAAACCAGCAGUGGCCGACGGGCCAAGAGGUGUAGAUUCGCAUCUCAAAGCCUAUGAAAGGGCACAGCAAAUGCUCAAGGACCUUGAAUCUGAGAUGAUGAGCAAAGGAGGCGAUCGGGUUGAACAAAGGAGGCUCUUUGAUGCCUUCCUUGGUUCUUCAUCAAUUUGGCAGCCUCAGCCUUGCAAGGAUCACCUGCAAGCAACCAGUACAAAAUCUCAUCAUGAUGAUUUCGCCAAUGAGAAUGUUGAUUCCAAUAUAGUAUCGAACCAAAACCAGAUGUUGUUUCCUCAACAGAAUAGUGUCAAACAGUUUGCUCCUUUUGGGAAUUUAUGGAAUGUCGAUGCACCUCCAUUCUAUUCCUCCAAAUUGGUAAAGGAGCCAAUUAAGGAACCAAGUCAUGAAUUCCAUGAGACCCUUAAGAGGACGAGGUCGGGAAAAACUGCUACUUCAAACAGAAAGAUUGAAAUGGGGUUGUUCACCACACAAUCUGUGGAACCAGGAAAACCCAAACCAAAGACGAGGAGGCUAUCUGAUGAAACAGAAGACAAGUUGUCACAAUUGUUGCCAGAUAAUGAUGACUUUGACGAGGCCAUUCUUGCAGCGAUUCUAGGUCCUGCAACCAACUCAAGAAAGACAGCAGUGAAGGUAGUUGAAACUGCCUCCUCUGGGAUCUUUCAGCAGAGGAAGAUUGAAAAGCGACUUAAGGUUUUUCAGGACAUCACUCUAUCUCUCAGCCCAAGAGCCUGACUGAACUUAGUUUAAUUAAUUACAAUUACCCUUAACUAAUUUCAAUUUCAAGAGUCAAUAAUUUUAAUUCUAGAAUGGAGAUAAACUUGUUCUCCUUGAACCCGCUCCGCUUCAGAGGGAAGGAAUGGCGCAGCACGGUGGCAGUAGAAGUAGUAGCAAGCUAGAUCUUUUGUGGGUUUUCCACUACACGCAUGUUGUUAUCUAUUUAUUUCAAUUAUUUAAUUAAGCCUCUUCAAUAUGUAUAAUGAAAAUCAUUUACUAUUGAAACUCUUAAGAAUUUGAUCAAUCUGAAAUAAAUAUUAUUAUCGUCA